UGCUCAGAGUUUAGGGACACCCUGUUCUGCCCAGCUUUUACAAUAGUUUCGCUCACGCUCCCAUGCUCUACGUUGAUCGUCGUUCCCUGAAUUUUAUUAGCUGUCUAUUCCUUAGCAUCCGUAUUUUAUUCUUUGUUAUUUCAUUCCCGAAAGCCCGUCGCGUUUUGAGCCGCCAUGAUUAACUACGAGAAGAGAUUCGGCGCGUUUAAUCUCCUAUUGAGAUUCUACGGCUCGCAAUGGCCGCGAGCGACGCUGCUCGCCCUCCCCAGCGCCAUUCUCGCGGGCCUUCUCUCCGCGUACGUCUUCGUCGAUAAAUCACAGCACCUCUUCCUCCACCCUUACCCCUAUGCCGUGUUCAGCGGCGUGGUUGCUUUCAUUCUCAUCUUCCGGACGAAUCUCAGCUACGCGAGAUACUGGGAAGGCCGAACUAUGCUCGCGCAAAUGAGCUCUAAAUGGGGAGACGCCGCAAUUCAGGUCAUUUCGUUCGACGAGGGAGCCAAGGAGCCGGUGCCAGGCGGGAUUCGAUUCCGGUCAGAGUUCGUUCAUACCAUGAGCCUCAUGCACGCACUAGCGCUGCAGAGACUAAGGGGAGACUCCCACCUCACCAACCUAACUUAUGGUCGCUUUAUGGACAUCCCUCCCGAGCCCCCGGUGGAUGCGGAUCUGGUGGACGAGUGGACCCGAGUGCGUGGGAACAAGUCGCUUGUCUUCCUUCGAGCCCACCGCCCGCACCUGGAAAAGUACUGGCGGGCUCUGCCCCUUGCAGUGCUGGGGGGGAUCAACCUCACGGAGUGCAGCAUCCUGGAGCCUUCCCGCGACCGCGUGUACCUGGUCAUGUGCUGGCUGCACCGGGCGCUCGUGGCGCGGAGAAUGGCGGGAGGGAUAUCGCAAGAUGCCCCUAUCGUGUCGAGAAUAUACCAAGUGCUGUCAGAUGGCAUGCUGGGAUAUGAGAAUGCGCUCAAGAUCGUGAACACGCCCUUCCCCUUCCCCUUCGCCCAGUGCGUGGCCCUGCUGCUCCACAUCAACGCGCUCAUCAUCCCUCUCCUCAUGGCGGACUGGCUCGCCGACCCCUACCUCGCCUCCGCAAUCACUUCCUCUCCGUCUUCUCCUUCUACCUCCUCAACGAGGUGGCUCGGGAGAUCGAAGAGCCCUUUCGCUUCGACCCGAACGACCUUCCGGUGGUUUAUUUACACCACAAGUUUAAUGAGAGGCUGGUAACCGCGUUUUCCAGGAGUUUGUUUCCUGCGGAUGGGUUGUUUACGCAUAUUGACGAGAAGGAGAUGGAGUGGCUCUUAGCUAAGCACCGUCCACUGACAGUGACUAAGCAGCAGGAGGAGAAAACUAUUAAGGACUGUGUUAUUGAUGUGAUGGGCGCCGCCGAGCCUGGCGGUAAGGUCGAGGACGAGGCUGACUCGGAGGGUGGGUGCUGUGGAGGCGCACCUGCUGCCGCCACAGCUGCUGCCACUGCGGCUGCUCAGCAGUUUCUCGCUGCUGCCAGCUCGUGUGUGAGUAGCGCUCGAGACUCCUUCCCAAGACUAAGAUCCUGCUGACCAGGAGGAUUCGUCUCAUCUCAUCUGGAGGAGCAGAAGAGGACUGGUGGCACUAGUCGGUUCAGGGGCACCAAUGGCACCAGUAGGAGACCAGCUGGUAGCUGGUCUAGCAUGAGCCUUCAGCAAGUUGAAGGUUGCUCUUGCUGCUCUAGCUGCUCUAGCUGCUCUAGCUGCUCAAGUUAGUCGAGCCCUGUAGGACUGUAGGAAAUGGAAGGCUCAGUGAGGUGAUAGGCCAGUCUCUUAGGCAGUGGCAAUGACCAAAUGGGUCAUUGUUUCUCGUUUAUUGGAUGUUGCAAUGUAACAUUAUGCCGUUCUAGCCA